AUGUGACGUGAGAAUUGCUGAGGAUCUUCAAGAAGGAUUUAAUCCAAACACAUCUUUAAUCUCUGAGACGACUGCUAAGCAUGCGAGGGUUGACAUACUACUUGCUAAGCCUCUUGCUAGCGACUGGAGUACUAUCUAGCUAUAAUGCCUAUCGUUUACCCACGGUUCUCAAGCCCCAACACUAUGAUCUCCGCAUACUGACCCAUUUGACUGGGCCUGACGAGCUGCGGUUCGAGGGUCGUGUAAAAAUCGAUUUUCAAAUACAGAAAGAGACAAGGAAUAUUACGCUGCAUGCCAAGAAUUUGACCAUUGAUGAGGCACACAUUAGUUUGACAUCGCAAAACGGCAGCAAUUACAGCAUUACUAACAUUGAGGUAAAUGAAAAGUGUGAAUUUUACAUAAUGCAUCUCGCUGAGAAACUACAGCUCACUGAGCACUACCAGCUGAUCAUGCCCUUCAAGAGUAAGUUGAAUGCAAAUGAUACGGGCUACUACUGGAGCUCCUUUAAUGAUUCAGUGACCGAACAAACACAUUAUUUGGCAGCGACACAAUUUUCACCGACUUAUGCCCGGAUUGCGUUUCCGUGCUUUGAUGAGCCGCAUUUAAGGGCAACGUUCAGGGUUACACUGGGCUAUCAUAAAAAUUACACAGGACUAAGCAAUACACCAGUGAGCAAAUGUAUAGUACAUGACACGCUUCAGGACUAUGUCUGGUGCGAGCAUGAACCUCUUUUGAGUACGUCCACCUAUCUGGUGGCCUAUGCCGUGCACAAUUUAACUAGCGUACCGGCCCGGCCAAGUGACACUGUGCAUAAAGUCACCUUUCGCAGCUGGAUGCAACCGACGGUCGUUGAGGGAAGCAGCUUCGGUGUGGAAUUCGCACCAAAAGCCUUGAGUUAUUUGGAGAGACUUCUGGAGUAUACGUUUCCAUUGCAUAAGGUUGAUCAGCUGGCGCUGCCAACUCACAAAUUUAGUGCCAUGGAGAACUGGGGUCUGGUCACGUUUAAGCAGAGUCAUUUUGUUCACAACGAUGAGGUGGAAAUGCAGCAGACAAAAGAGAAUAAGGCAAGCACCGUGGCACAUGAAUAUGCACAUCAAUGGUUCGGUAAUUUGGUAGCCAUUAAAUGGUGGAACGAUCUUUGGCUUAAGGAGGGACCUUCCACAUACUUCGGCUACUUGACUCUGAAUGCUCUGAUGCCUGAAUGGGGCAGUUUUGAGCGCAGCAUUGCAAAUGAUUUGGCCCUAUUCUUUUAUCAGGAUAUGUUUAACGAUACAAUUGCAAUUUCACGCAAUGUGAACGAUUCGAAAAGCAUUUUGGAACAAUUUAGUCCGUAUGUGUACAAAAAGGGAUCCCUGACGAUACGCAUGCUGCACAUGUUGCUAGGCAACGAUAUCUUUUUUACAGGCAUACGCAACUAUGUGGAUCGGCAUGCUUAUGACAGUGUUGCCCAGUCUGAUCUCUGGCAGGCGAUGCAGGAGGCUGCGGUUGCAAAAGGUACCCCGGCUGCUGACAUACCUCUGUCCACUGUCAUGGACUCCUGGACACUGCAAAGGGGUUAUCCGCUUGUGAGCGUGAUAAGGAACUAUACAGCAGGUUUUGUAUGGGUUAAUCAAACUCGAUUUAUGCUGGCAACUCCUGACGACGAUAAAAAAGACGAGAGCUGCUGGUGGAUACCGCUCACGUUUGUGAACCAACAGCAAGGAGCUUUUGAGCAAACACACCCACAGUUUUGGCUGGAAUGUCCCGGUGCUGAGAAAACCGUACAGCUAACCAAUAAGCCAGCCCCUGACGAAUGGCUCAUGCUGAAUCCACAAGUGAACACCAUCUAUCGUGUCAACUAUGAUGAGCGCAAUUGGCGCCUGAUCAUCGACACCCUAAAUUCCGACAAUCACUUUGGCGAUAUUCAUGUGCUCAAUCGAGCACAGUUGGUGGAUGACCUUUUGGCACUUGCGUUGACAAAGCGUCAGAGCUAUGAGCUGGCAUUAAAAAUGCUGGAGUAUCUGCCGCGGGAGCGCGAACUUUUGCCCUGGAACACAGCCUUUGAGGUGCUUAACAAGCUUGGUGCACUGCUGCGCGACGAGCAGGCGAUCAAAUUUAGGCUCUUCAUGAGAAAGCUUGUUGCACCACUUUAUGGACGCUGUCCCCAAAUAAACUCAGUGGAGAUAAGAACCAAGUGGAGUCCAUCUAUUGCUCUAUAUCGUUUGGCUUAUCAUCAGGCCUGCCGCUACGGCGUGGACGACUGCGUCAGUCAGGCCGUGCGAUAUACACAAGGAACUGAGUACGGCACGGAGGUGCCUGUUAAUUAUAGAGAUAUUAUGUAUUGUACGAGCAUUGAACAGGGCAACGAAAUGCUGUUUCAUUUUCUGAGGGAACGCUUUCAAAACUCGACUGCUGAUGCCAUAAAGGGCGCCUGGGCAACAGAACUUGGCUGCAGUCCUGAUUUCGGCCAGUUGCAAUCGUUUUUGGACUAUUUACUUCUGGCAACGGAUAAAACCACAUAUAGUUAUUAUAUACAAGCCGUAACUUCAGCAUUGAGCCGUCAACAUGUGGCACCGGAGACCGCAGACCACAUUCUGAAGCAUGCCAAAAUACUCAAUAACAAAUUCAGCAGCAGGGAAAUUAAAAUGUUGCUCUUAACAAUAAUUGGCAAUUCGUACACCCAACUUGAAGAGCAUCAGUUAAGGCAACAAUUGAAGGGCCUCAACAAAUUCGAGGAGCAUCUACGGGAAGCGCUCAAUAGGCGUGAAAUAAAUCGUCAUUGGCUGACGCAACGUGCCGAAUAUUUUAUUAGAGCUUUAAGCAAAUAUCUUUAAGACUCAUAAUAUAGUAGCUGUGUGGCAGCUAAUUGUAGCUGCUUUGAUUCUGCGAACGAUAAAACUAGCUUAACUCGAAUACUCAACAACUUUUUCUUAUGUCAAAUUCAAGUGUGCUGACAUGCUGCUGCUCAACAUCUAAACAUCUAUGGUAUUAAUUAAGCCAACAGUGAUGAAAUCUUGGAAUUGAAAUUGAAAGGAAUGAAGACGAUGCAGGCACGCAGCGCCACCUUUUACUUGCCACCAACGCCAACGAUAUCCGCCCAGCUUUACUGGCAUUCGAGGUAUCCUGCUGUUUGUCCUGUCAGAAACUUGCCUUGCCGUGCCUUUGACUUGUAAAUUGCUUGACACGGGGUACGACACACGCACAUACAGCCACACACACACAUACACACGAUUUGCUUUGUUUGGCAUGCGACUUCGCUUGGCAUUUGACGUUUACACGAAGAUGACAAAAUGUUUCGC